AAGCUUAAACCACCGAAAGCUUUCCAACACUUUUUUGGAAAAAAGAAGCUUUCCAAAACUUUUCAUUAUUCAUUCCACUCACAACUGUACCAGCUCCCUCGGUCAAAAGCACGCUUGCUUGCUAGGAUAAAAUAGAGCAACCAGUCAAGAAGACUCCAUCAUCAUCGAUCAUCCAUCAGAACCGCGACCGCCAUAGCAAAUUCGAUGCAGCCUGAAAACCAAGAACUCUACCGCUUUCUUGCCCAAAACGGCUUAAUCAACGGUCAUCCCUAUGGAUCAUUUCCCGGAGGAGUAGCUAAUUGUGAGUUCUCAUCUUCAGCUUCAGCUGUUCCUAUGCAGCACAGCUUUUGCAGCUCCUCCUCUUAUUACAGUAAUAAUUACCCCUUGAAUAAUCUGGAGGGGUCUGGGGUACUCAGUACUACUAGUACUGAUACUACUACUACACCUCACGACAGAGCCCUUGCUGCUCUCAACAAUCACAAGGAGGCCGAGAAGAGAAGGAGAGAGAGAAUUAACUCACACCUCGAUAAGCUUCGGGCACUUCUUCCUUGUAAUUCCAAGACAGACAAAGCCUCGCUGUUAGCAAAGGUGGUUGAACGAGUGAAAGAACUGAAACAACAAAUGUCAGAAAUCUCAGAACUCGAAACAUUCCCUUCUGAAACUGAUGAAAUUACUGUACUUUCCUCGGGUGAGGAUGAUUAUUCGAGCAAUGGAGGAAUUAUUUUCAAAGCAUCAUUGUCCUGCGAGGACCGACCAGAACUCCUAUCCGAUCUAAUUGAAAUACUAAAAUCCCUCCACUUGAAGACACUUAAAGCUGAAAUGGCAACUCUCGGAGGAAGAAUCCGCAGUGUACUUAUUGUUGCCGCGGAUAAAGAUCACACAAUUGAAUCAGUUCCCUUCUUGCAGAAUGCAUUCAAGUCUUUAUUAGAACGCUCGAACUCUAGUGAGAGAUCAAAAAGGCGUCGCCGUGUAUUAGAUCCAACGUUACUCGUCUAGCCUAUUUUGAUUUAUACAUUUUACUAGCUGAUUGCAAUACUUUAAUUUUCAAUAUUGAUUUUGUCUUUGAUUAUA